CUGCACCACCGGCUUCUCAGUGCUCCAAUGUAAAAGGUCACCUUGUGAGUGACAGUUCGGGCAGCCAGUGGCAGGCAUCGCUGUGCGGUGGGGAGUGAAAGUUGACAUCUAAGAGGGAAGUAGUCGCUGAAGAUGUCUGGGCGCAGGGGCUCAGGCAGGGAGCGCAGGCCCCGCGCAGUGUCCCAGAAGAGGAAAGCUGAGGCAGAUUCUGAGCCAGAAGUUGUUAUAAAGACUGAACUUGAAGAUGUGAGUGUUGCAUCUGCCGAAUCUGGAAAAGUCAUAGCUAAAUCUGCUGUAAAGUCUGAGCUAGUGACCCGCUGGGAAUGGCUGAAUGAUGGAGACAUGUGGAUGGUUUAUGCUGCUGAGCUUAACAGACAAAUUAACCAAGCACUCGGCAAUGGGAAACAAAGCUUAACACUCUCACCAGCCGUAGGCGUGUCUCUGCAAGUGGAUUUUAGGAAGAUGAUCCAAAAAAAUACAAAGAGUGGUUACCAAAGACAAAUACGUCUUGCAGUCAAGGAACAGGACCAAUAUUUUGUAUGGCAGUGGAAGUCAGAUGAUGAUUACUGGGUCUCCUAUGAUGCCAAAACCUGCGUCUUGCUGGAGUCUGCACUGCAGGAUGAUGAAAAGCAUGUGUCCCUAAGUUUGGGUGGCAGACCUUACACAGUUGAUCUUGGAGCUAUGGUGCAGAAAAAUACCCAGACUCAGCAUGAGCGAGAGAUUCAGCGUUGUUUAUCUGUUGCUGUAGAUCAAGGAAGUGACGAGCCAAAACAAAGUGUCCCUAAUGGACCAACUUCUUCAAAACGUCCCCGAAGGAACAAAAGUGUAGAAAUCGUGGAAACUGAAGAGGACAGCAAAGAACAAGUGAAAACUCUGGUUUUAAAAGGUAAAGCUCCGAUUGAUCCAGAAUGUUCCAGCAAAAUUGGAAAGGCUCAUGUGUUCUGUGAAGAAGAUGAUGUAUAUGAUGUUAUGUUAAACCAGACUAACCUGCAGUUUAAUAACAAUAAGUACUACCUGAUCCAGCUGCUUGAAGAUGACGGCGCUAAACGUUUCUCUGUCUGGAUGCGCUGGGGACGAGUGGGAAAGGUGGGUCAAAAUUCUCUGGUUUCAUAUGGAGGAGACCUUCAAAAAGCAAAGGACGUAUUUCAGAAGAAGUUUUUCGAUAAGACCAAGAAUGUUUGGUCAGAGCGUGGAAAUUUCGAAAAGGUUCCUGGUAAAUAUGACAUGUUGCAUUUGGAUUAUAACACAACCACGGAGGAAGAGAAAAAUGUUGUGGAAGUUGACAAGCUAUCUGACAUUCCCAAACCUGAAUGCAAACUGGACAACUUGGUUCAGGCCUUGAUCCAACUUAUCUGUAACAUGCAGAACAUGGAAGAUACUGUGCUAGAGAUGAAGUAUGACACAAAGAAGGCACCUCUGGGAAAGCUCACUGUGGAUCAGAUCCAUGCGGGGUACAGCUCCCUGCAACGUAUUGAGAACUGUAUUAAACAACAAAAGUUUGGCAAACAUCUUCUUGAAGCCUGCAAUGAAUUUUACACCAGAAUUCCACAUGAUUUCGGACUAAAGACACCCCCAUUAAUCAGGACAGUAGAGGAGCUGGCUUUGAAAGUGCGACUACUAGAAGCUUUGGGUGACAUUCAAAUUGCAGUGAAGCUGGCAAGUAUGGAUCUCGGCUCCCAUGAGCACCCACUGGACAGGCAUUAUCGGCAGUUACAAUGCUCACUGGAGCCUUUGGGUAAAACAUCAGAUGAAUUCCAGCUUAUUGAGUGCUACUUGAAAACAACGCAUGCCUCUACUCAUAAUGAUUACACUAUGACCUUAAUGAAUGUUUUCCGGCUAAAAAAAGAAGGUGAGGAGAGCAACUUCCGAGCAGAACUCCCCAACAGAAUGCUUCUCUGGCAUGGAUCUCGUCUGUCUAACUGGGUUGGCAUCCUUAGCCAAGGUCUGCGUGUGGCUCCCCCAGAAGCCCCAGUAACAGGGUAUAUGUUUGGCAAAGGAAUUUAUUUUGCUGAUGUCUCCUCAAAGAGUGCAAAUGACUGCUUCACCUCUCGUGAUAAGAAUGUGGGAAUUCUUCUACUUUGUGAGGUGGCCCUUGGUAACUGUAAUGAGCUUAUAGCUGCAGAUUAUGAUGCUCAGAAACAAUUGAAGGGAAAACACAGCACAAAAGGUGUUGGCCGUAGUAUUCCAGACCCACAGAAGUCUAUCAAACAUGAAGGAGCAAUGGUUCCGAUGGGGCCCCUGAUCGACACAGGACUACAGAAUAAUGAUGGCUAUACACUAAAUUACAAUGAGUACAUUGUGUAUGACUCUUGUCAGGUACAAAUGAAGUAUUUGCUGCAAGUAAAUUUCAACUAUGAAUCUCUGUGGUAACAGAGGAGCUGCUUAGCAUAAUCAUCACUAACAUGGAAGGUGUAAAGGUGACCAAAAUAAUGUAAUGAGGCUUGAGGUAGAUGGCAUCACCAGUGGUG